CCGUUUGCACUCGAGGAGGUGGCUCAAGAGUCUUCUUGCCUUCGCUGUCACGGCGGUGGCAGCGGCGGUUGGCCUCAUUUACUCCUCUGGCCUCGGACACGCGUUUGCAGCUAAGACGCUGGUAACUCAAUUAAAGGCUUCCCAACUGCCGUUGGCCUCCGCCCCUACCAUGCAGCGCCUAUAUAAACCCCAGGUCUCCCCAUGGCUCUCUCCACAGCCGAAGUCCACCGAAAACUGUGUUCAAGAUGGCUAAGCUCUUCCUCAUAGUGUUCUUUAGUGCUCUCAUUUGUUCAACUAGUGGUAGGAAGCUGGCGGGAAAGGAGGCCUUGGAGGAGCAGAAGUGGUUACACCACCAUGGCGGGCUCGGCGGCGGUGGCGGCGGCGGGUUUGGAGGAGGAGGUGGGCUUGGUGGUGGAGCUGGAGCUGGAACUGGCUUUGGCGGUGGAGCUGGGUUAGGGCAUGGUGGUGGGCUUGGUGGAGGUGGUGGAGGUGGGUUUGGUGGAGGUGGUGGUGGUGGACUUGGCGGUGGAGCUGGUGGAGGUUUCGGAGGUGGAGCCGGCGCUGGCGGUGGGGUGGGAGGUGGGUCUGGGCUAGGUGGAGGUGGGGGAUUCGGAGGUGGCGGCGGCGGCGGGUUUGGUGGUGGUGGAGGAGUUGGCGGCGGAGCCGGAGGGGGUUUCGGAGGAGGAGCUGGGGGUGGCGUUGGUGGUGGGUCUCCUUAAGAGUUGUGAUGGCCCACUCCCACCCUUCGAAAAAAUUGUUAUGGGUACUGGCUUGUCUUCGAUUAUUUCCAAAUGCAACGGUGUGAUAACUCUACUUUCCUAGUCAGGAAUAACUGCAUCGCAUAACGGAGCAGUUUAACAUGUGUAAUGUUUUGCUACGUGAAUGAAAUAUUGCAAACCUGUGUACUUAUCUCAAGAGCGUGACCAUUUUCAUCCUUUUAUUUUGUUUUAUCAUGGUAUAGAAUGAAAGCAUGGUUUAAAAUAA